CCAGCUGAGCUGUGCUGACCCGUGCUGAGCAAAGACACUGCAGGAGAGCAAAGAAACACUAGACUGGUGUACCUUUUAGUGCACUCACACAGAUGAAUGAAUAGAUGAACUGACAGACAGACACACUUCUCUCCUCUGGACUCAGGUGCAGGCUCUGGACAGUAUAUCACUAGGUAUCUAUUCUCCAUCUAACGACCUCUAGGACGGAAUCUUUAUCUGUCAUUUUAAUUUUGUAAUCUACGCUUUCGGGAUGUUUUCUCGGGUUAGUUUGAGAUGGACCGUCUCCACCCUGUUCUUUCUCCUCUUCAGUGCUGCUGUCAUGGUGGAGAGUGACUGUCCUACCCAGUGCUCCUGUGGCCCCUCACCCCCAUCGUGCCCAGCAGGCAUUAGUUGGGUGGCAGAUGCCUGUGGCUGCUGUAAGGUGUGUGCCAGGCAGUUCAACCAGGACUGCAGCCCCAGCCAGCCCUGUGACCACAUCAAGGGCCUGCACUGCCACCUGGGGGCUGGGGGAAACCCAGAGAGAGGCCUGUGCAGAGCGGAGGCCCAGGGUCGGCCAUGUGAGUUCAACGGGCGUGUCUACCAGCAUGGAGAGGACUUCCAGCCCAGCUGCCAGCACCAGUGCAGCUGCAUGGACGGGGUGGUGGGCUGCAUGCCACUCUGCCCCCAGCAGGUACCCUUGCCCGACUGGCGCUGCUCCCGGCCAAGGCUGGCACGGCCCUUGGGCCGCUGCUGUGAGGAGUGGGUCUGUGAUGACAACAACCACAUCAGUGAGGACCCAGAGGAACCUCCACAGGCAGCCCUACCCGACCCACAACCCCUCCCAAACCACAUCAAUAACCAGCUCCAGACCCACGCCCAGCCACGCUAUCAGGCCAGCACUGGAGUCACCUUUCGAGAGGUGAUGUCCCUCCCCAGGUCCCAGGUGUUGCUAAGCGCCAGAUGCUUCCCUCAGACCACUGAUUGGACGGAAUGUUCCACCACGUGCGGGAUGGGCAUCUCAAGCCGGGUGUCCAAUAACAACGCAGAGUGUCGGCUGGUCAGAGAGACACGACUGUGUCAGGUCCGCCAGUGUGACCUGCAACUUACCCCAGCAAUCAAGAGGGUAAAGAAGUGCCAGCGUACAGUACGCCCCCAGGAGCCAAUCAGGAUCAACUUUGCUGGCUGCUCCACGACACGCCGCCAUCGGCCUCGCACUUGUGGCUCCUGUGCGGACGGGCGAUGUUGCACCCCCUCACUGACCCGCACCGUCCACCUGCGCUUCCACUGUCCCGACGGAGAGGGCUUCACACGCAACGUCAUGUGGAUCCAGCGCUGCAGCUGCAAGAAGAGCUGCCACAAUCACAGUGCCCCCUCAAGGCCCUCUGUCAGCCUGCACAAUGACAUCCACAACUUCAGGCACUGAGGCAGGCAUAGGAGGAUGCCCAACCCCAGCUUCGACACACUAGACAGGGCUAGGACAUGCUAACCUCUCCCCAUCUUCCACCUACCCUCUGCCCAGGGAUAGCCCUGCCUUUCAGCCCCUUCCUGGACACCAGCCUCUCCCUCCUGCACCAGCGCCAGACUAUGGAAGAGAGAGCCUCGGCUAGGUGGCCGCUCCAUCCAACCAGGCAGAACUAUCGCUUGCACUUUAAGCUUCCUUACACGUUGCCACCAGUUAUCCGACAUGAGAGAUGUGGAGCAACUGCUCUCUGCAGCCAGGCCCAGUGUCCCUUCCCUGUUGAUGACCCAGUCCCUGAACUGUUCUGGUGGAGGAAGGUAAAGCACUGAGCACAACAGACUAUGGAUGGCCUGAUGUCACUUUCUUGAUGUCAUUUUGAAAUUGUGGGUGAAAUAUGUAAAUUAAUCAGUUUGGUUGUUUGCUUUUCCCCCUCGUUAUUUAUCAUUUUUCUUUGUUAACAUUGUCAAGUUCCUCUAUAACCACAGAGGAACAAGGGAAAAUGUAUGUAUGUAUGUAUGUAUGUACAGUGGGGGAAAAAAGUAUUUAGUCAG